ACGAGAGCGAUGUUUUGAUGUUAUUCAAUGAAUUCUCAAACACGCCCGAUCAACAAACACUCUCUCUCGCCGAUCACUCACAGUUUGCAGUAAAUUCCCUCUCCCAUUGGAUUAUUUUCUCCGGUUUUAGCGAUUUUUUCUUUGCUUUUUCGCUGUUGCUGCGCUUAGUUACUGAUCUUCAUUAUCUUUGGGGUCGAUCUCUAGCAUAUUGUUUGAUUUCUGGAGACUGUCGGAGUUUGCUGCUGAUUUCUUGCUAGUGGUGAAGAAGCCAAAGUUAGUGGAUUUUUAUUUUACACAUGAACUGUAUGAUCGUGAGCAUUGGGGAUAGUUGCACUUUCAUGGACAUAAGGAAAAGGACACUUGCCCCUAGCCAUACGACUUCGGCAAUUGAUCUGGAAUUAGAUCAACAAGGCCAGGGAACCUUCUCACAGAGGAGUAAUCAUUCAAUGGUUACAGGUUUUAGAAGCUCAACCAAUCCUGAGGUUCAACAUCAACCUGAGCAUGCUAAUGGUGCCAUACUCUAUGCAAUGAGCCAAUACAGUGGUUCUAUGAUUCAACGUGCUCAAGAUAUGUGGGUUGCAACUGCUGGCAAUCCCUGUUCUUAUCUGACCUCACCAUACGGUAAUGAGCAGUUCCCAUCUCCAAGAAGUGGAUUGAUGGGAAUUCCUUCAGAUGCAUAUGCAAGGAAUAGUCAUUUUAUUGAGGAGGUUGGAUCUCCGUACAAGAGAAGAUUUGCCGAACCAGUUCUUGUGAAUUUCCAGGGUCCCAAUAGCUCAGCAAGUUCCGAGUCUUUAAAUGCACCUUUUGAUCCAAUGUUUUGUCAUACUCGAAGCCAUUUGGCUAGAGGAGAAUACAUGGUUCAGCACCUUCAGCCAGCUAGCAAUGCUCUCUGGUUAGACCAACGUUUCAAUUGUAACUUUGAAGAUAGAGGUGCUUGGAACUGGAACCACGCCCCUGCAGGUUUCCCUGUUCAUGGGGACAAUGCCAUUAGAGGCGCUUCCGAAAAUUCAAACUCGGGUCUUCAUAGAUAUAGUGAAAUUGGUGGGAUGAAUUGUUCGCCCAGUUUUCAGCAUCCUCCUUCCACAUUGAUCCAGCAUCCCAGUUAUCGAAUUCCAUUACCUCAACCGCACUUGCAAGGACAAAGAGGCCAAAAUAUCUGUUUAAAUCCUCCAGUAGCGGCAGUUACACAAAGGUUUCCUUUGAGUUCUGCUUAUGGCAUCAUGCACCAACAGUUUUUGGAGUUAGAGCCUAGGCAGACGAGAGAUCUUCCAUUUAAUGACCGCAGGGUGUAUAACCCUCAUGAGACAAUGUUUCGACGCCACUUGACUUCUCGAAUGAGAGUUCUGCAGGAGGGUGAAGCUGGAGUGCCCGGGGCACAGGCUUCGGCUUCGGCUUCAGACUCCAAUGAUAUAGGGGAUGCAUACAGAGAUAUGCGCCUGGAUAUCGAACACAUGUCAUAUGAGGAGCUUCUCGCAUUAGAGGAGCAAAUUGGCUAUGUCGGAACUGGGUUGUCCGAGGAAAUAAUUACAAGCCAACUGAAGACAAGGAUUUCCAUGCCAUCUGCAAGGGAUGCAAAUUUGGAAGAAGCAGCAUCAAGGAAUGAGGAAACCAAUUCCUGCACCAUAUGCCUGGACGUGAUCGAGGACGGGAAGAAGAUUGGAAUCCUUGACUGUGGACAUUAUUAUCAUGCGGAUUGCUUAAAACAAUGGCUGCUUAUAAAGAAUGUAUGCCCUGUCUGCAAAUCUGAGGCAUUGACUAGAUGAAUGAAUAGUCGAGUUGGGAUCGGCUUUAGCUGUUUGUUGUGAUCUUACAACGAUCGGUUUAAACUAUGUUAGACGUUUGUAAAUGUAUUGCACAUAUGUAAGAGAGAAAGAUCUAACUCUAUUUUAUUUUUGUGGUUUUCUUAAACUGUUGGAUGUAUCUUUGUAUAGAGUUCUUGUUAUGUUUAUAUUGUCAAACUGUACAGAUGGAAUGCUGGUUUUGGAUGUGUUCAGAAUGAACAUUUUGUUCUGUUCCUUA